GCUUGGCGGCUCUGCGACCGGAAAAAAACGAGGCAAGGACAGCGGAGUUGGGCGCCGCCAUGACAACCUGUACCGGAAAAGGCGGGACUCUCCUCCCUGACUGAUUCCCUACCGGCAGCGGCCUGGAGAUGAUCCUUCAGACUUCCGGAUCUGCCCGAGAUCCCUAGUGUUGUUCCCUGCUCCAUCCUACUACCAAAAUCAGAACUCCCUUUCUUGUCUGUUGUCUGGAAUUAUCCUCAGCCCACCAUGUCCCACAGGCAGGCAGCCCUGGAGGUCACUGCUCGCUACUGUGGCCGGGAGCUGGAGCAAUAUGGCCAGUGUGUGGCGGCCAAGCCUGAGUCCUGGCAGCGGGACUGUCACCACCUUAAGAUGAGUAUUGCUCAAUGCACGUCCUCCCACCCAAUCAUCCGUCAGAUCCGCCAGGCCUGUGCUGAGCCUUUUGAGGCCUUUGAGGAGUGUCUUCGACAGAAUGAGGCAGCCGUGGGCAACUGUGCAGAGCAUGUGCGCCGCUUCCUUCAGUGUGCCGAGCAGGUGCGGCCACCACGCUCACCCUCAGCGGUGGAGGCAAAGCCACUUCCUGCCUCCUGAAGACUCUUUGAACCAUAGGAAAACUGGACCUGAGCGACUGGCCAUUUGAUGCCCCCACGCCUGAAGAGUGGCCAGGUGGAGUCAUGAGGGGCCUGGAUGGGAGUCUGGCUUCUCUGGACAGCAGGACUCACAAUAAAUAAAGACUCUGUAUACCA